CACGCCUUUUUAGACACCAAGUUAUAAUCUUUAUAUAUUAAUCUUCAAUCUUUUGCUUCGCAAUGUACAAGUGAAUAGCAUAUUAACAGGUGACGAUUGACAAUCAUCAUCAAGAGAGAACGACAGUGAUUAUAAAAGAAACAUUCGAACUUUUAUCGUUUCGUCCCCAUAUUUGUUUAUUUUAUGGAUGCAUUAAAUGCGUCGGAGGACUUUAAAAAGUUUAGUUAUUGAAUGUGCAAAGACAGUUGGACUACAACAGCAGUUUCUUCUGAAAAAAGUUGCAUAUCCUGUAACAAGCAAGACGUGUGUUUCCAUGUGUGUUGACUUGCCAACACUCUAUAACAGAGACCAGUGCUAAGAUGGUCAACAUUGAUCACACUUCACAAUCGCCUGCAAUUCUUAGGGAGAUAUUACAAAACCGCGAGGCCCUACCACAUGACCCUGUUACUUUAAAACCCAGGAUGCCAGAACACACUAAGACCAUGAUGUCCGUCCACGAGAGUUCGCUGUCCGUGAACGAGCUGAAUAGCGACCGCAUGAGUCGGUCUGACCGCGGAUCAGAUUCUGGAAGUGACGAGGAGUCGAGUUUCCUUGACCAGAGUCGCGUAGACGAAACGGAAGUGGAUGACGGGAAGUCAGAUUUAGACGAGAACCAGUCAAAUGGCGGAACAUCCGGUGAAGAGGGCAAAGACGCAAAGCGCGCGCGCGUUGACAAUCUGAUGACCGCAAUGCCACAUCCGUCACCGUUUGACAUCGAAGCUAUGUACGGCAUGGCGGAGGGCCGCCGAAAGCGGAAGCAGAGUCUACCUCAGCAGCUGGAACAGGCGGCCAAGAUGAGGCGGCUUGAGGGACACCAAUACGAGGAAGAUAUGUGGAACCUGCGGCACCAGCUGAGCGCUGUGCAGAACUAUUUCCGCCACUUUGAUGAUAACAUUCCAAAGCCCAUGAACGGGUUUGGGGGGAUGGAAAACAUCCAGCGUCUUCAUCAGGUUUACUUCGCUAAUCUCUCGGCCGCGAGACGCGCUGAAGAGCUUCAGAAAGAGCAGCAGCAACAACAGACUGCACAGGCCAAAGCUGCCAUCUUGGGCGCAUUUGAAAAAAGGGUGGCAAGUGAACAUGAUCGUUACAAUAUAGCUGAACAUGUACGUGAAACAGUAAAUGCCAAUAAGGGUCUCUCACAGGGUGUUGCUGAACUCAACGACAAAGAGCUCAAUGAACUUAUAACUUGUUUAAAAUCAAAAAUAGAGGAUGCAGUUAGUGCUACAGUUGAUUCUGAGCUUUCAAAGUUUUUCUCAAACCGCAAUAAGCAGAAGGACAUGCUAAAUGAACUGAACAAAACAGAAUUUUCUAGAAACGGCGAUAUGAAGCCAAAUGACCAGGAAAAGAAAACCACAGAUCAUUCAUUAAAUCACAUCCUACAAAUGCCAGACAAUAAAUCAAACCCCUUUAACAACAACAACAUAUUUCGCCUUCCAGAAAGGCAGAGUGCGUUUGAACUCCCAAAGCUUUCCGGUGGGUUAACUGAUAUCCCGCGGCCGGCGUUUCCACCACAUCCGCCUCUUGGCUAUCCUCCCCUGUCAUUUUAUCUCCCCACGUCGCUCCAUCCACCAUCCAUGUACUCAUGCCCCAUCGUUUCCCCGGAGCAGACGGAAGCCCUGUCGCUCGUCGUCAACACACCUAAGAAGAAGCGCACCAAGGUUACAGACACGCGCCUUUCUCCGCGUGCUGCGCGCGCACUCCUUCACGAAAAUGGCUCACUUGGCACAGUAUUUGACCAUGAGAGGGUGCUUAAUUCGAGCUUCGGGCAGAUGAAUCCUUCGUGUCUGCCCACCAGUGUUGCGGUCCCCAACCCGAGCCUCCAACAGUCUGAACUCAUGAACUACUACAAAGAACAGCGCAUGUGCGGCUCACCCGCCGACCACGAGCGCACCUCCCCUGGCUCCGCGUCCCCCUCCGACACCGGAUAUGGAUACAUGAAGUCUGACUUCUACGGCGACAAUGACGUAUUCGACGCACAUGGCAAACAAAUCACGGACACCCUAACCCCGAUGCACCUGCGAAAGGCUAAGCUGAUGUUCUUCUACGUCCGCUACCCGAGCUCCGCCAUCCUCAAGGUCUACUUCCCGGACGUCCAGUUCAACAAAAACAACACGGCCCAGCUCGUCAAGUGGUUCAGCAAUUUCAGGGAGUUUUACUACAUCCAGAUGGAAAAGUACGCGCGUCAGGCGAUCGCGGAGGGCUGCAAGCACUCCGAAGAGCUAGCGGUGACGACGGAUUCUGAGCUGUACCGCAUUCUCAACCUCCACUACAACAGGAACAACCAGAUCGAGGUCCCAGAGAACUUCCGGUUGGCGAUCCAAAACACGUUGCGGGAGUUCUUCCUGGCGGUGGUGGCGAACAAGGACUCUGAGCCUUCGUGGAAGAAGCCCAUCUACAAGGUUAUCGCGCGAAUGGACGACUCCAUCCCAGAAUUCUUCAAGUCGCCAAACUGGAUGGACCAGCUCGGAGACGCUUGAGUGACGCCUGCUGACCGAGGGUUGGCCGCCAAACGGAGCGGGCCGGCCGAAUUGGAGACGCGUGGUAUAUUGUUGUACAUUAUGUAUAUGAUUCAAUAUAAACACGUAUUUUGACAGAAAAAAACGAACGUUUGAGAAACGAGUUUUAAUAUACGUGGGACGUGUUUACCCGUUCCCGACAUGUGUGAACCUUUCUUGACUAAUAAUACCUUGCGUAUUAGCAAAUAACGUCUAGUUGAAGCGGGUUUAUAGCUAAAGUGUGAAUUUAUAAUUACAUUACUGACCGACUUGGUGAAUACAGACGUGAUUUUGGUAGGUGGCCAUGGGUUGGUCAAUUUCCAAACAUCGUGCCAGUCACGUGACACUCUAGGAGCGGUGAAUGAGAAGACUCGAGUGGAAACAUUUGAGAAGUCUAUGAGCAAUGUAUAUUUUGUAUUGAGUGCACUUUAUAGUGCGUUUUGUAAUAGGUUUACUGAAAUCAAUAUUAAUUAUGGCGAAAAUCAAAGGCAUUGUGCAAUGGCUGGUGUUUCUUAGUUGUGGUUAGUUUAUCUUUUUAUAAUAUUUUGUAUGUAGAACUUAUAUGUUUUGUUAGAAAAUGUGCAAUGGACAGAUAUACGAAAAUAAACCUGACAAUCUUUGACAUUUUAAAUAGAAUCAAGCAUUGUGCCCUUCGAUUGUCAUUUAGAGUCGUUUUAUGUCGCUUACGUAUCAUGGCAGACAUGUUGGGAUCAUGUUGUCCGGCGGCGUCCUCGUUGACGCCAUCGUCGUGCAUGGCGUCACGCUUUCAUGUCCGCUUUCGAGCUUGAGUAUUUCUUAUCCAAACUUGGUUACAAUGUUACGGCCCUUGAAUUGUCCGCUCUUGAGCAAUUCUUAUCCAAUCUUUGCCAAACUUGGUCGCAUUUUUUAUGAGAAUAAUAUCUUGAACACAUUCGGUCAACAGCCGGUCAGUAUCAGUACUACUUAUAGUUAUGUAUGAUAAUAACAAUAAAAAAAUACCAUUAGUAAAAGCGGGCGCCCUAAACAGGCGAUAUUUUUAAUGCGGAAUUCUAGUUAUAAUGAAGUAACCGUUAAAGAAAUCCUGGCAUUCCAGUAAUUCCACUUAUACACUAUUAUUUUAUUCUCACGGAUCUAGUCAAAACCAGACGUACAUUUAUUGUCAUUGCAUUCGUGUAACCAUUUUGUAGCCUAGUAUUAUAGUUACAUAUAUUUACAUUGAGAGAUUACCAUGUUUUCAACAUGUAUAGUUGUUUUUCUAAGAUGUACAUACAUUCAUAUUAAACCAUCAUGCUUAUCUAAAAGGACUUUGCAUAAUUCAUUGAAAUAUUAACAUAUUUAUUUUAUUUACCGAGUAAUUAUUUUCUCUCAUUAGAAAUACAUCACGGUUUUAUACAUUAAACCCUUUUAAGAUAUGAUGGAUUCUUGACACACAGUGAUGUAUGUAUUGUUGUGGAGAUUUUGCCCCCAUGCAAGCAGGCACAACAUGUUACCAUACAACAUUUCAAUUAAAUAUCUUGAGGCAGGCAAUACAGGAGAUAAUUAAUGCCUCAGAAUGAUAUAUAGCUAUGAAUAAAUGUUUUAUCUUUUGAUAAAAUGAAUCAUAAUAUUAAUAUACACACACACAUUUUCUUGUCAGCAGAACAUCUAUUAUUUCCCAUUUUUGUCACUUCACUGUUUUAAGUUUAGCAAUGAUUAAAUGCUGUCCAUAUACUAACCAUUCCCCCCCCCCCCCUCCCCAACUUUUAUCCCAUCCCUUUUCAACUUAUUUAUACUAUGUACAUGUAUCUAGUACACACGUGUCAUCCUUGCUGUACAUACGAGUAUUUAUUUUACAUUCCUCUUUGGCACAUGUGUUUCGUAACAUUCAUACAUUUUCACAUUAUUUGAUUGUUAUACUGUUAUGGCUACUAUAAUUAUGUUUGAUAUUACUACAA